UGCUCAAUAUUAAAGUAUACUGAAAUUUGAAACGGGGAAAAUUAGAGCUGGUGGAAGGUAUAUAUUGUUAGGUAACGGAGUUGAAGUCAAAAAAGGAGUUGGUGAUUUGGCUGUAUUGGUCCCAGAAAUUGUUGGAGGAAAGGAACCAGAAACUUACCAACUUUCAAUCAUUAAUUUUCAUCAGCCAACCAAAAGUGACCAACCUCUCUACUCUUUAUCAUAGCUCUUCAGUUUUCUAUAUAUUACUAGCCCAUUUUCAUUUCUCCAUAAAACAGAUUGCUACCUUAAAACUUAUCUACUUCAGAUAACAAACUUACAUAGUCAAAAUAUCCACACUUACUCAGCAAUGGCAACCAAUGGAGAAAACCAGAACUCAAGACACCAAGAAGUUGGACACAAGAGUCUCUUGCAAAGCGAUACACUUUAUCAGUACAUUCUUGAAACAAGUGUGUACCCAAGAGAGCCUGAAGCCAUGAAAGAGCUAAGAGAGAUUACUGCAAAACAUCCUUGGAAUAUCAUGACCACCUCUGCUGAUGAGGGGCAAUUCUUGAGCAUGCUUCUCAAACUCAUCAAUGCCAAGAACACCAUGGAAAUUGGUGUUUUUACUGGUUACUCUCUGCUUGCUACUGCCAUGGCUCUUCCCCAUGAUGGCAAGAUUCUAGCCAUGGAUAUCAACCGGGAAAACUAUGAUAUCGGUCUUCCAGUAAUCGAAAAAGCUGGGCUAGCUCAUAAAAUUGAAUUCAAAGAAGGCCCUGCACUUCCAGUUCUCGACCAAAUGAUUGAAAAUGGUAAAUACCAUGGAACAUAUGAUUUCAUAUUUGUGGACGCUGACAAAGACAACUACUUGAACUAUCACAAGAGAUUGAUUGAUUUGGUCAAGGUUGGUGGAUUAAUAGGCUAUGACAACACCUUAUGGAAUGGUUCAGUGGUAGCACCACCUGAUGCACCUUUGAGGAAGUAUGUUAGAUAUUAUAGAGAUUUUGUAUUGGAACUGAACAAGGCCUUGGCUGCUGAUCCCAGAAUCGAAAUCUGCCAGCUCCCUGUAGGUGAUGGCAUCACCUUGUGCCGCCGCAUCAGUUAAAAUAUACAACGGAAAGGCAUUCCACAGGGCUCAUUGCAAUAGAAGAUUUAUUAUUCAUGAAAUUCUCUUUGUUUAAAAUCAUUUGUUAGUUUACCUUCUUAUUUGUAACUACUAUUCUCUUUUCUUGUAAAGGUUGCACUGUUUAUAUUACCUAUUGUUUAUUCACCAUGCAUUUUUAUAAAUUGAAAAAGGAAUCCAAGUACAAAAAUUCAAAUCUCCAAGGACUCUGAAUGCUUUUCUUCAGCUU